AUGUCUUCGCAGUUGCGUGUGGCCGUCGUACAGUUUGCACCAAAGCUCGGCCAAGUGCAAGCCAACAUCGCCAAGGCUCGAGAAUUAUGCAAUGGGUUGAAGCCCCGAUCAGUUGAUCUCCUGUGUUUCCCAGAGAUGUUUUUUUCCGGCUAUGUAUUCCCGGACACGGCUACUAUCACACCGUAUCUUGAGCACCCACAUACAGGGCCCACGGCCACCUUUUGUGCGGAGCUAGCACGCUCCCUUGAAUGUUUUGUAGCUGCCGGGUAUCCUGAGAAGCUCGAACCACAUGAACAUGCCCCUCCGCUCGGAGGCAAUAGCUUAUCGUUUCAUCAGCCCCGUAUCGGUGCAAACAGUGCAUUCAUUAUCGGAGCAUAUCGCAAGACCAACCUCUAUAAACUCGAUCUUCCUUGGGCUGUUCCCGGCUCUGGAUUUACGACGAUGACCCUACCGCAUCCACUGGGUCCAACCACGCUUGCGAUCUGCAAUGACCUUAAUGUGCAGGACCCUGCUGUGUGGGAGUCGCUUGAAGAAGGUCCAUAUGAACUCGCUCAACACUGCAUAAGAUCGGGCACGCGGCUUUUGAUACUUCUGAAUGCAUGGCUGCAUCCUGACGAAGACGGAGAAGUAUCAGAUAGCGAUUCUGCUGAUUGCACGACUUCGGAACAGAACGAAGACACAGAUGGCACGGAGCCAAGUUGGGAAGUAAUAAAUUACUGGGCGAUGCGUUUGAACCCAUUGUGGGCGACGAUUCGGGAGGCAACACAUGAAAACGAGAAGAAACCGGGCAUCCCCAACGAGCUACUCGUGCUUGUUUGUAACAGAUUUGGAAACGAGGGCGGGAGCGUAUUUGCGGGAUCGUCUGCUCUCAUGUCCCUUCGCCGAGGAUCCGGCCGACCACGACUGUUGCAGAUGAUGGGACAGAGGGAAGAAGGUAUUGGUUUUUGGACUGCGAACAUACCAGGACGGUAG